AUGUUUACUCCCGUGCAUACCUCCCUGGGAGCCCUCCUGCUCUUUCAAGGGUCUUCGAGUUUGCUCCUUCACAACGGUGCCAUUUUUGGCAUCUCCUCCCUGCUUUCAGAGUGCGUCUUCAACCCAAGCCGCCAGAAUGUGCCCAUCGUUGCCGGUAUAAUCUCUAGUAUUGCGCCCAUUUGGAUCUUCGUGCCGUCGUUAAUCCCCAAUUAUCCGCCGGCACCGAGCUCCUGGGCGUCGUUGGUCUCCACGCUCGGGGCUGGGUUCUUGCUGGGCUGGGGCACAAAGAAUGGAAAAGGUUGUACCUCCGGCCACAUGCUCUGUGGUCUGUCGCGUCUGUCGCCGCGUUCUUUUAUCGCAACCGCCAUUUUCUUCACUACCGCGCUCCUGACGGCCAACGUGGUUUCUGGAGGGCAGAACAUCCCGCCCUGUCCGGGAGACGUACCCUGCUACACACCGGUAUACCCCUCGACGGAGGAGCUCAUGUUCAUGGUCGGCACGACUAUCCUCACCUUCAUCACCAAUUCCUUGGUGGUGGCCCGGGUUUUAGAGCGAUCGGAGACGUCGACGACGAUAUUCGGCUACGUGGCCGGCCUGCAGUUCGGUAUGGGCCUCUUUUUCUCGGGGCUGGCGGAUCCCGCCAGGGUUCUGCAAUUCUUCGCCUUCCUGACGGACACGUCUCGGUUCGAUCCUUCGCUGGGUCUCAUUUUUGUCUUCGGAAUCGGCCCAUCACUCAUCGUAUAUUUGUCGACAAAACCCGGCCAAAACAUUUCCAACACGGCGAACAAACCAGACUGUCCAACUCUGGCGGAGAACUGGCGACUUCCCACCACCACUGUCGCCGAUAUAGAUUGGCGAUUUGUCGCUGGGGCGGCGGCCUUUGGAGUAGCUUGGGGACUACGAGGAGUUUGCCCGGGUCCCGCGAUCCUCCGUGCCGUGCUGCAGCCAGCGUGGGGCCUCGCUGAGAUAACGGGGUAUCUGAUGGGUAAUCUGCUUUGA